GGCUUUAACCCUGUGCGAAACCAUUCGGAUUGCAGUGGUCUGUGAUGAUACAGAAGAAGAGGAGCGAGUGCAUCUCCGCCGUCAAUAUUAGCGCCACACUCCGCACUUCACCCAGAUCCAGCCUCUGAGGCGCCCGCUCCUGUACGACCUUCUCUGUUUCUCGCCCCGGGGACCCACCGCUGCUCGUGAGAGCUGAGCUCAAAUCGAAGACUCCUCUCUCUCUCUAAAAAAAAGAUUCAAUCGCUGCCGAAACUGAUUUUCUCCAAACCCGCAAAGCGGAUCUGCCCCUCUCCCUUGUCUGAGGCUGCGAGAUGCCACGAUCAUUCCUGGUGAAGAGCAAGAAAGCGCACAGCUACCACCAGCAUCGACACAUUGAGGAUGAUUACAAUAACAAGCUGGAGCACAUCCUGGCAGAUAUCUGCUCAGAGAGCAGGAUAUCAGAAGAUGCUGUCUAUUGCCCAGAUGUCCCUUGUGCGGACUCCAAGGGCAAAUUUUCGCCGAAACCUCAGCUGGUGGAAGCGGCUGACGUGCCAGAGUCUCCGGCGAGCUGUGAGGGCAGUGUCUGUGGCAGAGCCCCCGAGUAUGAGAACUUCUGGAGACCCCCUUCUCCAUCUGCGUCACCAGUCUCUGAGAAAUCUCUCUCCCCGUCUAUGGAGGAGAGCCAUCCAUUUGCGUUACCCUUCAAGCAAUACGGAUGGAAUAGUUACACAGGCUCUGAGUUGAAGUACCUGGUGCAGAAUUACCGCUCCCCAGCUUUGGAACGGAGCUCCGCUGUGGGGCUCUACAGCGAACGGAACUCCACCACUGGCCUUUACAGUGACCUCGUCCCCGCCUCUGGCCUCUACAGCGACAUUGGCACUGCCCCCAGUCUGUACAGCGAGCGCGGCUCCAGCUUCCACGAGAAAAGAAGCGAAAUCAAAGCAGAGUCGGAGCUUCUUUGCACCCGGUUGCUCCUGAACAACGGCUCUUACAAAUGCAUCAAAUGCAGCAAGGUGUUCUCCACUCCUCACGGUCUGGAAGUCCACGUCCGUCGGUCUCACAGUGGCACCCGCCCCUUCGCCUGUGACAGUUGUGGCAAAACAUUUGGCCAUGCGGUCAGUCUGGAGCAGCACAAAGCAGUGCACUCACAGGAAAGGAGCUUUGACUGCAAGAUCUGCGGUAAAACUUUUAAAAGAUCUUCCACAUUGUCCACACACUUGUUGAUUCACUCAGACACCAGGCCUUACCCCUGUCAGUACUGCGGGAAGAGAUUUCACCAGAAGUCAGACAUGAAAAAGCACACCUUCAUUCACACAGGUGAAAAGCCUCACAAGUGCCAGGUAUGUGGCAAAGCUUUCAGCCAGAGCUCGAAUCUGAUCACGCACAGUCGCAAGCACACUGGCUUUAAGCCGUUCGGCUGUGAUCUGUGUGGUAAAGGAUUCCAGAGGAAAGUGGAUCUCCGAAGGCACCGUGAGACACAACACGAUUUAAAAUAGACCGUGAGUGAAAGGCACUAGCGGAAAGCAAAUAGCCUCGACAGCUGGGUAGCAGGACCCAGCUUUUUAACCCCACUGGGAUGUCCAGUUGUGCGACUGGACACCGCACGUGAAAAGCCCCCACCAGUGACUAUAGCACGUGUGUGGCCUCGGGUGCCUCCAUGUACCACUGAGACAGUAUCAGAUGCAAACUGAGGACCAGGGGAGUUUUACAUGUGGAGCAAUGUGCCUUUCUAUAAACACUGCAGUCAGCUAAAUGCAAUAUUCUGCCUCGGUAAAUUUUACUUAAUCCCAUUUACAACUUUUACUUUAAAAAUAAACUGUCCGACAUUCUUACAGUGUUAAAAGGUGAAAUGUUCGGAAUCACUUGUUCAGUAGAAAGUUUAAUUGUUCAAAUCCCGCAUUUCCUUUUUAAAAUAGAGAGAGAAAAGUUGAUUAUAUUAAAAAUCCCUUUGAACCCGUGGCAGAGUAAACUCCGGUUCGGUUUACUUUCUGCAUUUGCAUGUGUAUUUAAAUUGGCCACACAAAUGGGCGGGUUUUCCGACAAGUGUUUGCUGAGGUUGGUAAAAAUCGCUUCAAACUUGCACCCAGUAAACCAGGAAGGUCUCACAGUUUGACUCUCAGUCAUGAGCCUGAGAACAUGACGUUAUCACCCCCAGCCACCGGGUCUCUGAGGGUCUGAAUGAAGAGCAUUGUUCCACCCGCUUGAAAAUGUCAAUGCAACUGAACAUAACGGGCGAAAUGUACUUUGUAAAUAGUUUGAUCCAAUAUUUACUGGUAACCCCUAAAUAUUUACUCUUGUUUCCCAAGAGAUGAAAGUUAAACGCACUCAGCAUAGAAAUCAACUUAGAUGUUCGAGAGGGCAAACGGAAUUAAUAAAUUAUUAAAUCAAUCACUCAUUCCCUCUCCCCAAGAAUAUA